GGUGCUGAAUUGGUUUUUAUCUAGCUCAUUGUCACUGAGGAGCCCUUCGCAUGUUGAGAUUUGGGCGUUUGCGGUGCUGCACAUUAGGAAUCAAUCAACAGGGCAAGCCAAAGAGAUGCAGAGAUUAAAGGAUGACCGAAUUGACUAAAAAAUGUUUACUAGACACAGUUGAUGUUGUAUAUUUGGAUUUUCUCUCCUUUGUGAUAAAACUGAAUUAUUAUUUAUUGCACUAAAAAACUGUGGAUCAAACAUGUGAAAUGCAUCUCUUUCAUCAAACACAUAAACAAAGGCAUUUACAAUGGGAAAUGAGGUUGUAACUUAUUGUGCGAUUUUACUGAGGAUACUGUUAUUGUUCUUUUCUUUUUAUGUCCUUUGUCUAUGUGUUUGUUCUAUUCGUGUCUAUGUGGAUCUUAUUUAUUUAUUUGUUUGUUUGUUUGUUUAUUUAUGUUUUGGUUCUCUUCAUCUAUUGGAAAUAUGGAAUGGAAAUAACAUAAAUGAGUGGAAAGCGCCCACACCUUUUUUUUCUUCUUCUUCUUUUUUCUUUCUUUCUUUUUUUUCUUUUUCUGUUUUUCAGGUUAUUUUGGGAUGGUUUGGGAUUACUCAGCUGUUCUGGCUGAAUAAGCAUCAUCUCCAUGCUGGUUGUAAUGCUUGACCUCAUCACAGAGUCUGAACCAGAUCUCAACAUACUGUGCUUGGCAAACUCCUCAUCACUGGAAUGGAAAAGAAAGGCAACAAAAGGUCACUGGAGCUAAAUCUAUGAUCAACAUGAGUGUCAGUGGGCAGUGCUGGAGUGAUGAGGAAUCAGAUGGGGACAUUGACUGUGAAAACAUCAUCUAUGGAGCACAGGGUAAUUAUGCUGCUGAUCUCUAUUGCCACCCGCAAUUGGACACAGAUGUUGGAGCUGUGAAGGAUAUCUACUCUGACAAUGCUGUUGGUGUAAGGGAGUAUGAGGCAAUUGAUGAUGUGGACAUCGACUUGCACAUAAACAUCAGCUUUUUAGAUGAGGAGGUGGCCUCUGCAUGGAAAGUCAACAGAACAGAACCUAUUGUUCUCCGCCUUCGAUUUUCUUUGUCUCAAUACCUGGAUGGUCCAGAGCCGACAGUGGAAGUGUUCCAGCCUUCCUGUAAAGAUAGCUUCAGUGUUGGUGUACAACUCAAGAGAAUUCUAAGCACAUUCAUAUCAAAUCAGUGGAAACACCUCAGUAAUGAAUUUUUGAGAACUCAGCAGAAGAAGAGACAUAGCUGGUUCAAAGCUGGAGGAACGAUUAAGAAAUUCCGGGCUGGCCUCAGCAUCUUCACACCAAUAGCCAAGUGUCCUAACGUACCUCUGAUCCAGGGCCCUGGAGAGAAGGGGAGGACAUCAGGACCCGAGCCGAGAGUGAGCCGCCUUAUGAGCCGCUCAGCUUCCUGUACCAUGAAGAUGCCAAAAGGAGACCUGCUCACAUACGCACCCAAUGGACAGAAUGUGGCAGUCCCUGGCUCCAGAUCCACAGUUCAGAUCACCACCAAGCAGCUUAUUGAGCUGUUCUUCUCUUCACAAGCUCUCCUACACUGCAAGAGUAUUCCUACUCUGGAAUACGGUUUUCUUGUACAGAUUAUGAAGUACUCAGAACAGAGAAUUCCCACCCUGAAUGAGUACUGUGUGGUAUGUGAUGAGCAGCAUGUCUUUCAGAAUGGCUCCAUGCUCAAGCCAGCAGUGUGUACAAGAGAGCUGUGUGUGUUCUCCUACUACACACUGGGAGUUAUGUCAGGGGCUGUUGAAGAUGUGGCAACAGGAGCCGAGGUGGUUGACUUGCUGGUAGCAAUGUGCAGAGCUGCCCUGGAGUCAUCUCGUAAAAGCAUUAUAUUUGAUCCCUAUCCAUCAGUGGUGGACCCUUUCGAUCCCAAGGCUUUGGCCUUUAACCCUAAGAAACGAAGCUACGACAGGCUGCAAAAAGCACUGGACAGCAUCAUGUCAAUACGAGAAAUAACACAAGGCUCAUAUGUAGAGAUAAAGAAACAGAUGGACAAAUUGGAUCCACUUGCACAUCCUCUGUUACAGUGGAUUAUAUCCAGCAAUCGAUCUCAUAUUGUCAAGCUGCCUUUAAGCAGGCAACUCAAGUUCAUGCACACUACCCACCAGUUUCUGUUGCUCAGUAGCCCUCCAGCCAAAGAGGCUCGAUUCCGCACAGCUAGGAAACUAUAUGGCAGCACUUUUGCCUUUCAUGGUUCCCAUAUAGAAAACUGGCACUCUAUUCUACGAAAUGGUCUAGUUAACGCCUCCUACACAAAGCUGCAGCUGCAUGGGGCAGCAUAUGGGAAGGGCAUCUACCUCAGUCCCAUUUCCAGCAUCUCUUUUGGAUACUCGGGUAUGGGUAAAGGACAGCACCACAUGCCCACAAAGGAGGAGCUAGUACAUCAUUAUAACAGAGUCAACACCAUCUCACAGAGUCUCCCAGUUCAGUCGAGGUUUCUUCAGAGUCGGAAUCUCAACUGUGUCGCUCUCUGUGAGGUAAUAACAUCCAAAGAUCUCCAGAAACAUGGGAAUAUUUGGGUGUGCCCAGUACCUGACCAUGUCUGCACACGCUUCUUUUUUGUGUAUGAGGAUGGUCAGGUGGGAGAUGCCAACAUUAACACACAGGAAGCCAGAAUUCAGAGAGAGAUCUUGCGGGUUAUUGGGACUCAGUCGAGUUGAAUGUCAUGAUUUGACUCUGAGAGACAGAAUUAACCCUGCAAUGGGUUAUUGUCAUCCCUCUGAUCGCUGUUGCCAAAUUACAAAGUGGUUGUGAAGAAGCAAACUUUUUAAAUUUUUUACUAAGGUUGUUUUUAACCUAUUUUUUACACACUCCACCUUUGUGUGUUCCUUUUUUUGUGUGUAUGUGUGUUUUAUCUUGACAGCAUUCCUCUGAUUGCAUGCUUUGUUACAGUAUGAAUUCAGAGGGUUGUUUUUUAUUCCUUCCAUGUGUCCACUUAGGCGUUCUGUCGCCACAUUCAAGCACUGUCAGUAUUAAUGCACAGGUUUAUUUGUUGUUUAUGAUUCCGACCCUUUUCUAACACUGACAUUGUUGUUCUUACAUGAAAAAGGUGCUACAUUAGAUGUCAGCAUAGAAGGGGUGCUAAAGCUUGUAUUUCCAGAAGAGCCCCGAUAAAUAUGCUACAUAAUGACCAAUUAAAAAAAAAAAAAAUACUGUAAGGUAUUAUUCUGUUAAGUACUCAGCUAUGUUCACUUAACAACAGUUGUUUAAUUUUACACUUUUAGAAAUCAGUACAAGCCACUGAUUUUUGAUUAGGCUCAAUCCUGAGCUGUUUUUGAGAGAUGUGGUCUGUUCUUUUUAAUGGUACUGAAGAAAACAGAUAUUAUAAAGGUUACAUAAACCUGCUGUACACUUAGUAAUGUUUCUGAAGCUGAAUACCUAGGCAAUAUCUGUAGCAUCAAACACUUUACACUUAACCUAAUCUGUGCUGUACAGCAAAGAGACACCUGCAGUGAGUUUUGUCUUAACAUUGUAGAUAAGCAUACAAUAAAUGUAUGAUCAUGUCGUUUUCCUCUGAGGUAAGAAAAAAAGGUUAUGUUUUGUGGACACGGCCCACAUUUGUACGGAAACUCUUUUUUUUCUUCUUUUUUUUUUAAUAAAAGCAUGAUACUAAAAAUUGCAUACAAUGGUCUGUCUGUGUUAAAAGGAGAGUGUUUCUGUGGAUGUAGUACACAUAGUGGGUGCUGUGAAUAAAUCCAAAUUGGCUUUUCAGCAUGCCUGGCAUGGUUUAGGCUCAGUCUUGUUUCUCCUGAGGUAGAAAACAUCAUAUAUUACAGUGCACUCACUAUUUAUUUCAUUCAUCUUUAGUAACCAUUUCAUCCUGGUCAGGGUCAUGGUAGAUCUGGAGCCCAUCCCUGUAACACUGGGCUCAAGGCAGGAGAAAUCACCCUGGAUUGGAUGCCAGUCCAUGUCAGUGCACACACCCACAUUCAUACCUUGGCCAAUUUAUUGUAGCCAAUCUGCAUACAUGCAUGUUUUUGACAGUGGGAAGAAACAAUACGAACAUGUGGCGAACACGUGACACUCCACACAAAUGCUGACUUGA